AUGCAUCGAAAGAUUAUCUACAUGGAUCCUCAAGUGAUGGAACGAAGCGUAGGGCGGGCACUUGAGAGAAACCCUGAAAUGGAAGAGACGGUAUCCCCAUCAGUGAGUCUUCAACCGUCGCUUGCUCCACAAUAUUCGUUGCCAUCGAAAUCGGUCUCUCCAUCGAAAAGAACCCCAACUAGGUUACCCACUCUCCCCAUUGAGAAAAGAAAACCCCUUCGAUUACAACGUAUGGAACGGCCAAAUGGAAGACCGCUCACCGCAACGAAUUCCAUUGCUGGCAAAUCGACAGCAUCAAGACAAUCAACAGUUGAUUCUUUUCUUGUGAAAUCCGCCGAUUCUGUUGAGCUGAGUAUGCUAAGAAGCAUUGCUCGAUUGAGUCGACAAACAACUCGCUCAUUCGACGAAUCCCUCCGAGAACACGAAUAUGAAGAUCUUUCAGAUGAGGAACUUCUUGAAAAACCGUCAGUACAUCAACCAGAUAUCGGUGGAAAGAAAGUAAUGGGAAGAAAUGCGAUCAGUGCACACCCAAAUAGCCGUCUCAUCAAACAAAAUGAAAUUGAAGGAACCCCACAAGCGGUUCGUCGGCGAGCUCAUUCAGCCCAAAGCACAAAUGAUCGACAUCUCAUUCGAGAAAUGGAGGAUCGACUACAAGGCUUUCGACACGAAAAAACGUCAUCAACUCAGCGAUCACAGAAAUCCACUGAUUUCUCGUCAGAAUUGACAGCCGGUUUGAUCUAUGAUGCCGAUUUUGAUUGUUAUUAUUGCCCGGACGAUGACACAUAUUAUCGACUUGUACCUGAU